GUUUGAUUUAACUCUGUUCUUGUCGGGUUAUUGAAGGAAUUUGAUUGAAUCGUUGGAAUUCUUAUCCCCUUAAGUUUAUAAUUAUAGUUUUUUUGGUUUAACAGUGGAUUUGUUGGGCUCUGGGUAUUGGGUUUUGUUUGUUGAGCUUCGAGGUUGCUGUGGCAUGAAGUCUCCGAUUGAAAAGUUGUGUAUAUGGGGGGUUUGGGUCGAGAAAAUUAGAUGCGGGUGAGGUUGAAAUUGAUCGUGUUCUUUAGCGAAACCGGCUUCGGCUGAGAUUUUGGGCGGUGGGGGUUGGGUUGUGAUAUUCCCAGAUGAGGUUCCACUGUUUGUAGUUUACUUUUUGAAGAUUCAGAUUGAUUUGCUGGUCGAUUUAUGGUACUUCUGUAGUGAUAAGAAAGGUUGUGCAAAAAAAGUUGUUCUGCAGUCGUUGUUGCGUUCUUGGAAGAUACUUUGGUGCUUCAAAUUUGUGGGUCAAUUUCUUUUUGUUUGUUGGAUCUCACUGAAAUGAGGCUUUCAACUGCUGGUUUUAGUCCUCAGGCUCCGGAAGGGGAGAGGAGAGUUCUUAACUCGGAGCUUUGGCAUGCAUGUGCUGGCCCACUUGUUUCUCUACCUGCUGUUGGAAGUCGGGUUGUUUAUUUUCCACAGGGUCAUAGCGAGCAGGUUGCCAUAUCAACCAACAGAGAAGUUGAUGCCCAUAUACCAAGUUAUCCAAGCUUGCCACCACAGCUAAUCUGCCAGCUUCACAAUGUUACAAUGCAUGCAGAUAUUGAGACAGAUGAAGUGUAUGCCCAAAUGACCUUGCAACCGCUCACUGCUCAAGAGCAAAAGGAGCCUUAUCUUCCAGCUGAGUUGGGUGCCCCCAGCAAACAACCAACCAACUAUUUUUGUAAAACAUUGACAGCAAGUGACACUAGUACACAUGGAGGAUUUUCUGUUCCUCGUCGUGCAGCUGAGAAAGUGUUUCCUCCAUUGGACUUCUCUCAGCAGCCUCCUGCACAGGAGUUAAUUGCAAGGGAUCUGCAUGAUAAUGAGUGGAAAUUUAGGCAUAUCUUUCGUGGCCAACCGAAAAGGCAUCUCCUUACAACUGGAUGGAGUGUGUUUGUAAGUGCUAAGAGGCUUGUUGCUGGCGAUUCGGUUAUCUUUAUUUGGAAUGAAAAGAAUCAAUUACUGUUGGGGAUCCGUCGAGCUAAUCGACCACAAACAGUGAUGCCCUCGUCGGUUCUGUCCAGUGACAGCAUGCACUUGGGGCUUCUUGCUGCUGCAGCACAUGCAGCUGCUACAAAUAGUCGGUUCACGAUAUUUUAUAAUCCAAGGGCUAGCCCAUCAGAGUUCAUCAUACCUCUGGCCAAGUAUGUCAAAGCUGUGUACCAUACCCGUGUUUCUGUUGGUAUGCGUUUUAGAAUGCUAUUUGAAACAGAAGAAUCAAGUGUUCGUCGUUACAUGGGCACUAUUACUGGUAUCAGUGAUUUAGAUUCUACCCGGUGGCCAAAUUCACACUGGCGCUCAGUCAAGGUUGGAUGGGAUGAAUCUACAGCUGGGGAGAGACAGCCAAGGGUUUCCUUAUGGGAGAUCGAGCCACUUACAACCUUCCCAAUGUAUCCUUCUCCAUUUCCCCUCAGGCUUAAGCGCCCCUGGCCAACUGGAUUUCCCUCUUUCCAUGGUCUUAAAGAGGACGAUCUGGGAUUAAAUUCUCAACUAAUGUGGCUUCGGGGAGAUGGUCUAGAUCGUGGAAUUCAACCUCUGAACUUCCCUGGAAUUGGAGUUGCACCAUGGAUGCAGCCAAGGCUUGAUGCUUCUAUGGUCGGUCUGCAGCCGGAGAUAUAUCAAGCAAUGGCUGCUGCUGCACUACAGGAGAUGAGAACCGUAGAUCCUGCUAAGGCGCAGGCUGCUUCGCUUCUUCAAUUCCAACAAACUCAAAAUCUUCCCAACAGGCCUGCUAAUUUCAUGCCACCUCAGAUGUUGCAGCAGCCUCAGCCUCAGCCUCAGCCUCCACAGACCUUUCUUCAAGGUGAUGAAAACCAACAUCUCUCUCAUUCUCAGGCCCAAAGCCAGCCUACUGCUGUUCUUCAGCAGGAGAUAAAGCAUCAAACAUUCAACAACCACCCCCAGCAGCAGCAGCAGCAGCAACAACAACAACAACAGCAGCAACAGCAACCACAACAGCAAGUGUUUGAUCACCAUCAAAUUCCAAGUCCCAUGUCUACAAUGUCUCAGUUCAGUUCUGCUUCCCAAUCCCAAGCCCAAUCCCUGCAAACUAUUCCUCCAUUAUGUCGGCAACAGAGUUUUUCUGAUUCAAAUCCCAACCAUGUGACAAGUCCCAUCAUUUCACCCUUGCACAGCCUAUUAGGUGGUUCAUUUUCACAAGAUGAAUCAUCUCAGAUGCUUAACCUUCCUCGAACCAAUCCCAUGAUACAUUCAUCUACAUGGCCGUCAAAGCGAGCUGCAAUCGAUCCUCUUCUCUCUUCAGGAAAUUCUCAGUUUGUUCUUUCCCAAGGGGAAAAUAUAGGGACAACUCCGGCUAAUAUCUCUCAGAAUGCUUUUUCAUUGCCGCCUUUUCCUGGGAGAGAGUGUUCAUUAGAUCAAGGGAAUGUCGAUCCGCAGAGUAAUCUUCUGUUUGGUGUCAAUAUAGAGCCUUCAUCUCUUCUAAUGCAGAAUGGCAUGCCAAAUCUUAGGGGAAUUUGCAGUGACAGUGACUCAACAGCUAUACCUUUUUCUUCGAAUUAUGUGAAUACUGCUGGUACCAACUUCUCUGCCAAUCCAACUGGGACAGGGACACCUUCCAAUUGCAAUGAGGAUUCAGGUUUCUUGCAGUCUCCAGAAAACACUGGCCAAGUAAACCCACCAACCAGAACCUUUGUAAAGGUUUACAAGUCGGGGUCCUUCGGUAGAUCACUGGAUAUUUCCAAAUUCAGUAGCUACCAUCAGCUACGCAGUGAGCUUGCUCACAUGUUCGGCCUUGAAGGCGAAUUGGAGGACCCUUUGAGAUCAGGCUGGCAGCUUGUAUUCGUUGACCGGGAAAAUGACGUCCUUCUUCUUGGGGACGAUCCCUGGCCGGAGUUUGUCAACAGCGUGUGGUGUAUCAAAAUACUAUCACCACAGGAAGUGCAGGACAUGGGCAAACGUGGCCUAGAGCUCUUGAACUCUGUCCCGAUUCAGAGGCUCUCAAAUGGCAGUUGUGAUAACUACGCCAACAGACAGGAGUCAUCCAGAAAUAUGAAUUCUGGGAUUACUUCUGUCGGGUCUCUUGAGUACUGAGGCAUUUAACCGGUCAACAUGCCUUCUCUGUACUAUUACUAGCUCUCAGUUACUUUUUCUUGAGAAUGUAAAAGCAAUUUUAGUUUGUUAACUUGAGCUCAGAUAUGAGCCAAAAACUGUAAUUAAUUAAGUGAUUCCCCCUCUCCCUUCUGUUUUAUCAUACAUACAGGUAUUCAGGACAGCUUUGUAUGACUGGAGAUAGCUUUUGUUAUUUGCUAUAUAUUGCAGUUUUAUAAAUGAAAGUUCUAUUAGAACGGCUAA